CUCGUUGACACUGUUUUCUGGGUCACUACAACAAGUGCUUGGCGAUCUGUGCAAUCUUUAGGCAUUCCACAAAAUUCCAUUGCGUAUUGAAGAAAAUAUAGAAUGCCCAGUGAGACCACUCAGGUCAAGGUGGUGGUCAAGGCUCGCCCCCUUCUAGAGGUGGAAGAAACUAAAGGUGGGAAAAAUGUGGUCAAGAUUUCUGGAGACAAAAUCAGUGUGGACACAGGGGGAAAGGAACAAACAUUUGUAUAUGAUGGAAGUUUUGCUGGAGAUGUGAAAGCAAACCAGCUGUACAAGGACAGAUGUGAACCACUUCUGCAGAAAGCAUUGGAAGGAUACAAUGUCAGCAUCAUGGCUUUUGGUGCAACUGGUUCUGGGAAGUCCCACUUGAUGUCAGGGACAGAGGAUGACCCAGGGAUUGUUCCUUGUUUGAACCAUAGUCUGUACAAGCAUGUUGAAGAAAAAGCUGGGAAGAAAGAAUUCUUUAUCACAGUCACAUUUGUUGAGAUUUUGGAUGAACAAAUGACAGACUUGUUAAAUCCACAUUCCAAUGAGAUGAGAGUCAGACAGCAUCCACAACUUGGAAUCUAUGUUGAUGGGCUGUCAGAGCUAGUAGCAAAUGAUGGAGAAACUCUGGCCAAGCUGUAUGAACAGGGCAGUAGAGCUCGGAAAAUGGGAGCUACUGAUGUCAGGGCACACAGGGCAAGGUCUCACUCAAUCUUCACAAUCCAUGUAGAUCAGAAGGAGUCCAACUCCAGCAAGGUUGGCCUGAAGUCUACUAUACAGAUGGUUGACCUGGCAGGUCCAUCUGAUCCACAUUAUGGAUCUGAGGGUGUGGACAGUAACAGCAGUCUGCAGGCUGUGGCAAGGGUCAUUGCAGCCCUGGGAGAUUCCAAGAAGAAAGGUGGCCACGUUCCAUACAGAGACUCCAGAAUAACAAGGCUUCUACAGGAAGCCUUUGGUGGGAAUGCUUUCAGCCUGAUGUUUGCCUGCAUUUCUCCAGCAGAUCUGUUCUCACAGGAGACUAUGGUAACUCUGCAGUAUGCUACUCUUGCUAGGAAUAUAAAGAACGAGGCCAGAGUUAAUUUGGAUGAGACCACACACAUCAUCGCUGACCUCAGAGAAGAAAUUGCACGUCUCAGAGACAAGCUGACAACAAACAGUAAGAAGGAGGAUGUCAUGAAGAUGGAGGAUUUAAUCCAUGACUUGCAAAUUGCCAAGAGGCAGACCUGGGAAGAGAAGCAAAGGUUGUCCAUUCAGUAUGAGGAGGAAAGAAAAACAAACUUGGCUAAUAAGGGAAUACUGGAGUGGGUGAUGGACAGCAUGCGAAAGGGAGACAAGGAGAUGCAGGAAAAGCUUCUGCUACUUCAAAAAGAAAAAGAUCAGUUAAUGCUUCAAUACAAAGAAAAGAGAAAGGCUGUGGAUGGAAUGAAAGAAGACCUGCAGAAAAAGAUUGCUGAAUACUCCAAGAUGGCUGACAGUGGUAAAGCCACAGAUGCUAGCACCAAGGCUAAGGUGACAGCCAUUCAUGAAUUGAAAGAGCUUUUGAAGAGUGAAAGUGAAAGGCUGAAGGAAAUAAAACAACACUUGAAGGAGGUCACAGAGAAACAGAGGACAGAAAGAGAGGAUGCCAGAUCCCAGAACAUGAUGCUGAGGGGCAAUGCUGAGCUGAGACAGGCUGUGGAGAUUGAGGAGCGAAAGAAGAUCGAGAUGGAGAAUGCUAUCAUGGUGGAAGAUGAGAUGGAGAGGGUCGGGAGAGAGGUGGAUUUUCUCAGAAUGGAAAUCCAGAACAAGGUGGAGCAAGGCAAGCAGUACAGUUCAGAGGAAGGCAGCAAGCUGGAGAUUGAGGUUGCAGAGCUGAAGGCUGAGAGACAAGUGAUUGCACUUCAGCAACAAGUGCUUGAACAGGAGAAAGCUCGUCUUCAGAGGACCCUGGACGAUGCAUAUAAGCAUCACAAAGAGGAGACUGAAAUACUGCAGCUGCAAAAUUUCCAGACAUUCCGUAACUAUCGUGAGGUGUUUGAGCAGCAGAAGUCUGCCCUGGAGCAGAGAUAUAGAGGACUGCUUGAAGAUGCAGUACAGGAUGCCGUCUUCAUGUCUUCCAGGAAUGCCGAGAUGGUGGAGGAAAACCAGUCCCUUAGACAAGAAAUUGCAGAACUAAAAGACAGGUUGACGGUGCUGGAGGGACAGGCUGCAGCCAACUAACCCUGGAGACUUAGUUCUUAUAAAACAUAAACUUUGACAUCCAAUGUGACGUCAUUUUAACUUAAGAGGAAUUACAAUAGGUGUUGUUGCAAUCAGUCUAAAAGGGAAUGUAUCUAUUUCAGCAUAUUUUACAAACUCAGUUAAAUUAAAAAUUUGACAUAGUAUGAUACAUGCUUAUGACUAUAUAAAUUUCUUAUUUAAAUGUCAAUUAAUAACCGUCCAUUAUAGACAUCAUAUUGUGAUUUAAAGCAAAGUUGUAUAUACAUAUAUGGCAAGGCAGAGGAAUUGAAUUUGUAAAACCUGGAAUCUUGAGAAACAGAGGUAUGCAGGUUUCAGAUGUCUCUUAUAAUGCAGUAAAAUCCGUCCUUUUUAGACAGUUGUAUCUCUAGUUUAUUUUUCUGAUGCAGUAAUUUACCCUGCACAUAAAAAUGUUAACGUUCCAUUAUUACAAUAUAUAAGUUACAUGACUGUACAAUCUCAGAGAGCUUUACAUUUAGUCAAAUAUUCAAACUUGCAUAGUUUUUUAUGCAGAUACAUGCUUUACAGAUAUUCAUCUUUUAUGGUUAAACUUAUAUUAUUUAAUCUAGAUGUAUACUAGAAGACAUUGGGAUUUUAUUUUAGUUUAGACCAGUUUUUACUGAAUUUGCCAUUUUGAUUAAGUCUGAUCUGACAAGUCAUUUCUGAUUAAUGUUGUUAUUCAAAUGUAGGCAAAUUAAUGGUAGAAUAGGAAUGAUGAUAAUAUCAAUUAAUCAAGAUACAUGCUGCAGUGUUAUAAAUCUAUGCUUUUUUAAUUUCCACUUCCAUGGUUUUCAUGCUGGUUCAUGAAAGGCCAGAUAACCUUCUGUUAAUAAAUUUUGUUCAUAAUAUUGUUCAUGGUUUUCUUUGAGAUUUUAAGCAUUUUAAUUCGCUUAUUUCAGACAUGACU